AUGGAAGGGCUGCCUUGGCUCACUUUUGUCAGGAAGAAGGGCGGAUCGGAUUUCCAGCAACACAUUGUAAGAGUGUUCAUAGCUUGGUUCAGCUUAGAUUUGUCUCUUUCAAAAUGCAACCUUGUACGGUACGUUACACUGAGGAAAGGAACUAAGAGGCGGAGAGAACCGCGGCAUGAACCUCAACAUUCCAAGAAACAUUCCACAAAACCACCUUCAGAAUCUGAAGAUAACCCUGAGCUGCACGACGAGUACUUCGAUGACAAAUGCAACUUGCAAGAUUUCUGGAGAGAAGUAUUCCUUGUUGGAACAGAGUGGGAUCAAUUGGAUUCUGUAUAUCAGUACAAGUGGAAUUUCUCUAAUCUUGAAAAUGCAUUUGAAGAGGGUGGUGUUUUGCAUGGGAAAAAGGUUUACCUCUUUGGUUGUACUGAGCCUCAACAAGUCUGCUUUAAAGAUGUAGAAAAAGUUAUCUUGGUACCUAUUAUUGUCGCUGUAGUGUCACCUUUUCCUCCAUCUGAUAAAAUUGGGAUUACCUCUGUUCAGAGAGAGACUGAAGAGAUUAUUCCCAUGAAACAAAUGAAAAUGGAUUGGAUUCCAUACAUCCCCUCAGAGGAUCGGUACACCAACAUUGACAGAUUGAAGUCUCAAAUAUUUAUCUUGAGUUGCACCCAAAGGAGGGCUGCUUUGAAACAUUUAAAGUUGGAUCAAGUGAAAAAAUAUGAGUAUUGCUUGCCAUAUUUCUACCAUCCAUUCAAGGAAGAUGAACUUGAACAAAGUACUGAGGUUCAAAUACUAUUUCCAACAGAGCCAAAGCCGGUCUUUUGUUCAUUUGAUUGGAAGUUCAAUGAUCUUGAGGAGUUCAGUGAUGAGCUCAUAAAAGAUGAAGAAUUAUCAGCAGAUCAAAAAGAAGAGUUCAAGGAUUUUGUGAAGGAAAAAGUACGCGAAGCAAAGAAAGCUAAUAAAGAGGCAAGGGAAGCUAGAAGAAAAGCCAUUGAAGAAAUGAGUGAGGAAACUAAAGUUGCAUUUGAGAAUAUGAGAUUUUACAAAUUCUAUCCUGUUCAAAGUCCUGAUUCUCCUCCUGUAUCAAAGAAGUGUCAUGUGAUUAACAGGUAUUAUGGAAAGGCUCAUGAGUAUCUAUGAUGAAGCUAAGGCUUAAAUUUUUUCUUAAUAUAAAGUUGUGACUUAGAAAUUGCAGAAAAACCAAAC